CAACGCAGGAUCGUGGCUUGCAACUCAAUCUUGAAGAACCACAGUUAGCGAACCCCGUAGACUGCCCGUGCUCUCUUUUAUAUAAGAGGCAAAGUCGCACAUUUCAAAGGAGAAGCGGCAAGACAAGUUUAUUCUUACCUUCCCUGCCCCCAGCACAACUUCAACCAUCUUCUCCGACCACGUCUCCCAUCAUCAAUACUUUCCUCCUUUGCUCGUCGCCAUGAAAUUCUCCAUCGGAGCAGCGCUUUCCUUCGCCCUCCUUUCCUCCUCGACCCUCGCGGCCCCAGCUGUCUCCCCAGUUGAAGCCAGUGCCCUCGAUAAACGAGAACAACCGCUAUGCACAGGCCACGCCCACGUACGCGAUCUCGACUGGCACGCCGCAGGAGGUGGAUAUGACAGGUGGUUCUUCCAAUUCGCAGGCUUCUCGUGCACCGAGUUCGGCGACACGCUGAACCGGUUCUGGAUGUGGGAUGGGCCGAUUGCGAAUCGUCAGUGCUACGAGAAGGGCGACGGCCAAAGCUGGUACUACGACAUCACGGUGCUGAAGGGCGAAGCCAUUUACGGCCCGCUGCUGGCCUCCAUCAGCGCCGUCACGGGCCAGCCGUGUACCGAUAUGGCGCUGCCGGACUGGGCGCUCGGAGCGUGCCAGGAGAAUGUGCUCCACCCGAGGAGUAGCAUGUGUCUCUGUGACGCUGCCUGCAAACUCCGGUACCGUAAUGCUUAACGUUAGGUUAGCGCGUAGUUAGUAACUACUUUACGUAACCUUGCUUGUAUUUCUAGUAUAUAGUACUGUGCC